AUGAAGGAUGGUGAUUACUUUAAUGUAUAUGAUGAAUUUUUUAAAGAUGCUUAUACAUUUUUAAAUACAAUUAUAGAAACCAAAAGGGAUAGUAUUGAUAUAAGUAGUAGUAGUGAUUCUGAUUUAGAGGAAAAAAAUAAAAUUAAAAAAAAAAAAUAUAUGAGUGAAAAUAGUAUUAGUAAGGUUUGUGAUAAAACUGGUAGUGAAAUAAAACAGGAAAAUAAUAAAUAUAUAUACUUUCAUUUAAAUACAUAUGAUAAGGAUAAACAUCAAAAUGAUAAUGCUAAUAGUCAAUAUAUAAAAAAAAAUAAAUAUAUAAAUAAAAGGUCUAACAGUAGAAUUCCCAGUGGAAUACAUAAUGGGGAAAGUUUUGAUAGAAAUAAUCGAAUUCCAAGUAACAUAAGGAUUGAUGUUAGAAAUUUUAAUAACACUAAUAGUACAAGUUUGAGUCAAACUGAAUUUGAUAUGAGACGAAAUAAAUAUACUGAUCGUUCAAUUAUGAAUAGAGGAAUUCCAAAAAUUUUAAUGUCUUAUAAAAAUGACUAUAAUAUAUGUUUAUCAUAUAAUAUGGGACCAGGUAAUGUAUGGAAUGAUAUAAAUGCUACAAGUUAUAAAAAACGAAAUAAUUUAUAUGGUGAAUCUAUUAGUGAUAAUGAACAUGGGAAUUUUAAGGAAGAAUAUAGUAUACAAAGAAAAGACCAUAAUAAUUUUUUAAAUUUUUUAUAUAAAUGGAUAGUACCAAAUAAUACAAAAAAAAUAAAAAGUAAUGAACUAAUUAGUAGCCAUAAAAAAAGAUUACAAAUUAGGCAAAGAGAAAAUGAGUAUAAUAAUGGAAUUCCUGACUUCUACGAGAACAGAGAUGAUAUGCUUGAAAAUGGGAACAACAAAAAUGAUAAUAAUUUAUCGUCUAAUUUGUACUAUUUAGAUAGCUAUGAGUAUAACUACAAUAAUUUAAAUCUGGAUAAGACCAACUUUUAUAAUGAUAAAAAUAUUGAUAGAGAUAUAUUUGAAGAAAAUAAAAAAGGGAAAGAAAAAAUAAGUAAAAAAAAUACUUUCAAUUUUAAUAAUACAAAAAAAAAGAAAAAAAAAAAUAAAGGAAUAUCAUAUGAACAUUUAUUAACACCAAGUAAAUAUGAAUAUGAUGCUUUUUGUUUAUUUAAUCCUCGUUUUAAACAAGGAAAGCAUCAUACUGUUUUAUGUCUACAAAGUUACAAUGUGUCAAUUAUUCCAUUUGUUCAGCCAAAAAAAUUAAAAGAAGAAGUGAAUGAAUUAUUUAGUGAAAUAAAUCCAUGGAUACAUAAAUCAUUAACCUUAUCUAAAUUAAGAAAUUUAAAAAUCGAUUUAUUUAAUUUAAUUAAUCAUAUUCCUGAAAUAGAUAUAUCAACUAUUUCAUGUGCAUGGGUUUUUUUUGAACGAUUAGUAAUGAAGGGUCAUGUUCAUAAAGGAAAUCGAAAAUUAUAUGCAGCUACUUGUCUUAUUUUAUCUUUAAAAUUUUACCAACAUGAUGAUAUACAUAUUUUAGAAAAAUUACUUGUAUAUAUUCAAAAAUUAGACAAAAAAGAAAACUUAACUCCAUCAUUAAUUUUUUCAGUGGAAUUUACUCUUUAUAAAUUGCUUGACUUUUCUCUUCAACACACAUAUGAGAAUAUACGACUACACAUACAUCAGUAUUUGGAAGCGAAGGAGCUCAAGUUCGAGGAUGUCUAUGGUACCUCCGAAGACACAUACUUAGUUCAAAUGCCCGAUAGUAAAAAUGAUGAAUAA